GAGAAAUGUUAUUUAAACCAGAUCCCAAUAUCAACAACACACCCAUCGAUUUUUAGCCCAAAACAACAACAUUCCAGCAUGUCCAAGCUCAUCACCGUCUUCGGCGCCACUGGUAAUCAGGGCGGCUCUGUGAUCAAACACAUCCUAGCCGAUCACCAGCUCUCCAAACAAUUCAAGAUCCGCGGCAUCACCCGCGAUACCUCCAAGCCUGCCGCCCAGGAGCUGCAAAAGCAUGGAGUGGAGGUCAUCAGAGCCGAUCUGAGUUCCGUCGAAUCCCUCCGCACAGCCCUCCAAGGAUCCCACACCAUCUUCCUGGUAACAAACUACUGGGAAUACGUCAGCAAGGACACCGAAAUCAGACAGGGCAAGAACGUCGCCGAUGUAGCCAAGGAGCUCGGCACUCAGCACCUCAUCUUCUCGUCCCUCGUUCACGUCACCGAAGGAACGAAUGGCCGACUCAGCCAUGUACCCCAUUUCGACGGCAAAGCCGAAAUAGAACGAUACAUCCGGGCCUCAGGCGUCCCCUGCACUUUCGUCCUUCCCGGAUACUUCAUGUCCAACUAUCUGCAGAUGCUUAAUAAGGGCGAGGAUGGUGCUUACCAGCUCCUUUACCCCGUUGAUGGGGCUAAGGCUCGGUUUCCCUUAUUCGAUGCUGCGAGUGAUACCGGUCUCUUCGUUAAAGCUGCUAUUAAGCAUGCUGCCGAAUUGAACGGGAAGCAGAUUCUUGCGGCGGUGGAUUAUUAUACCGCCCAGGAGAUUGUUGACAUCUUCACCGAGGUUGCGGGCAAGAAGGCUGUCUUUGUGUCGGUCUCCGCUGAUCAAUAUAAAGCUGUUCUUCCGCCGCCCGUGGCGCAGGAGUUUCUGGAGAACCAUCUGUUGAUUGAGUCGCCUGGGUAUUUCCUUGGGCAGGGCCUAGAUGAGAGCUUGAAGCUUCUUGAUGCUAAACCGACUUCUUUUGCUGAAUUUGUUAAGAAGAAUGCGGGUGCUUGGCAAUAGAUUAUCUGUUGGGAUUGUGUCUUUGAUACACUUGGAUAAGGGGGGUGAGGAUCUUGUGACCAGGCCUCAUAAAUAAAUAGAUGGCCGUUCUGCCUGUGGUCCUUUUCUCUGUGUGUAAAAAGGUUUGUACCCAGCUGGGGACAUGAUGAGCUUCCAUUGUAAGCAAGAUUAGUAGGACACUAAUGAAUUAACUCCGCG